AUGUCAUCCACGAUUCAUCAUCGCCCAGCAGCAGCAGCAAUACGCAUCAUCGAGCAGCCAUCAGCAGAAGCAUCUCAUCAUGAAAUCAAGAAUUCCUCGGGAUUCUUGACAAGUGAAAACAAUGCUGGAAACAGUCUUUUACAACAGCCAACUGAUCACCAGCUUCAGCAACAAUCGACACAACUGGAUCAAGCGAACAACGAUGUUGCCACUGACCUGAGGUUCCACAAUCGAAAUGAAGUCGCUGUGUCCGCUAGUCUGGAAGUCAACAAUGGUUCCGUCGACUUGCGACAACCGCAAGUGGUCAUCGAAGAGGAUAGUUCGUUGGCGAGGAAUUUCUCGGAUGUGUCGAACCCGGAAACCCCAGUGGCCGUGGGCGACAACCCAGACGGGAUCGCAGUUUCUGCGCAAAUCCGAAUCAUUCCAGGCCCAGCAGCAGAAGGUAUCCCUCCUGUUCCUGAUCUUCCUCCGGAAGAACCACAACACCAACCCUUGCCUUCUCUGGGCCACGGUGGAGGAGGAGGAGGACACCAACACCACCACCAUCCCCAUCAUCACCAGCACCACGCACUGGAACCGGUGGUGCACAUCCCUGACUCGGCGUGGUGCCACAGCGAAUCGCAGUACCAGGAUUUGCAGGAGUACGGAGAACCGCGGAUGAGUUACGUGGACCCCGGGAGGGUUUACGUCAUCAAUUCUCCUGGGGAUUUCACGGAAACGGGAUUGAGGUACCACCCGACCUCCUCGUCUCUACCACACGCAGUCGUGAUCCACCCUUCAGCUGUGGAGCCUGAAGAACCAGGUGGAACCACCGAGUACCGAAUGGCGACCGUGGAUUCCAGGGACAUUGUUAGACUGUCGAUGGAAGCAGCCGACAGAGUGCCAAGUCACCACCAGUUGAUCCCGACUGACCAUUAUUACCGCUCCGAUGUGAUGGUACCCAUUGGUGGGAGCACCGGGGCACCACCUGGUAGUGGUGGUGGGCACAACAGGGUCUUGCACCAUCCAGUCCACCAGCACCAUCAUCAUCAUCAUCACCACCACUUGGAGCCCGAGUUGGCAGAACAGCAAACGUACAUCGUGGAAGACCCAGCUACGCUGCAAGAAAUGUCCUACAGCACGAGAGGCUAUACCGUGGAGGCACACGCCAUCGGCCCCCGCGGCGAAUAUUCCUCCACGCGUUGCGGGGGUCCCGAAGACGUGCCGCAGCCCUACGACGCGAGGAACACUUACAUUCCUGUCGGAGCGACAUCUGUUGUUCCCGUUUCCGCGAUAAAAAAAAAUCACCUGAAAACCCUGGUGCUGUUUGUCUUGAGCUGGUGGUACUUAAUGCCUCCAUCAUCGAACGGAAGUUCCCCUUACAUGACAGCUUCCUACCAGCAAAACUCGGUGCAGUCGAGGACCUACGAACAGGCCGGAGCCAUGAUGGAGUACACUACUUGCACAACUGCUGCCACGAACCCGACGUACUCUAAUACCGCUGGCACCCUGCCAUCCGUGGUGCAAAUGGCGCCAGUCGACGCCCCGACAGCCACUUACCACUUGCCACCGAUUCAUGCUGGGUCCAAUCGCACCACUUCCGGACACACGCAGCAGCAAGCCACUUCCGCGGCGUAUUCCGGACAUGAGCACGUCGUUGUUCCGGUCUCGGCGACGAAACGAUCUUCGCGACCUGACAGGUCCGAUUCCGGAAAUAGUCAGCAAUCGAGGAGUUCCUCCAGGUCAAGUGCUAGCCGUCGAGCCAGCACAGUUCGCCGGACAGGAGUGACGUGUGCCAAUUGCAGCACAAACACGACCACGCUUUGGAGACGGAAUAGCGAAGGAGAACCCGUUUGCAACGCCUGUGGGCUGUAUUUCAAGUUGCACAAU